UUUUCGACUUUUGUUUACCUUGUUGGUCUUGGCUGUCUUCCUCGUCAUUGUUGCCAACGGGGCGGCGAGCAUCACGAAGUGCCCUAAUAAAACACCGAAGAAGAAGAACACUGAAGAAGAUGUUUACCCGAGAGGUCGAGUUGGAGUCUGUGGGCCGCAGCCUCCUCCUGAGUCAAGAGGUGGAGGGAGACGUCGGCUGCGUGGUGUGGGACGCUGCCAUUGUCCUCGCCAAGUACCUGGAAGUUCAGGAAAAAGGUAAAAGAAAACUCCUUGAAGGAUCCACUGUGAUUGAGUUAGGCGCUGGUACUGGCUGCGCUGGUCUUGCUGCAGCUCUCUUAGGGGCAUCCCGUGUGACCCUCACUGACUUGCCUGACUUGCUACCACUGCUGGAAAUAAACCGAGUCCAGAACCUGUCUGGUGUCACUGGUGUCGUGGAAGUGCAAGAACUGACUUGGGGCAACUCUGACCAAAUUCAGACACUUGAAACUCCUGAUGUCAUCCUGCUAGCUGAUUGCAUUUAUUAUGGGGAGUCUCUUGAACCCCUCGUGUCCACUGUGAAGGCUUUGAGUGGCGCCAACACCACUGUCAUCAUGAGCCACGAGCAGCGCACUGACGGGAACAAGCCGGAGCUACAGAGGAGAUUCUUUGCUUUGAUGGAAAAGUAUUUUACACAGACCCAUAUAGCUGUAGAAGACCAGCAUGAAGUGUACAGGAGUGAAGAUAUUCUAAUUCAUGAGUUUAAGAAGAGAAAUCAAUGAUAUAUGUAAAAUUUAUUAUUUGUACAAUUUAAAAUAUGAAUAUUAAUUUUACUGGUGAACAAGACAUGGCUUACUUUUUCAGUGAUUGAUUUUAUUGAAUGUGAUGUGCCUGAAAGCAGAAAUAAUUACUCUUACCAUAUUGCCAGUAAAUAUGUUUUUUGUCAGCUCUUCUAUCAUUAGAAUUCUAUCUGAUUUUUAAAUAUCCAUAAGGAGGCUUAAGAACCCGUCCGUGAGGUAGAAACAUACUGGCAUGAGGCAGGGAAAUAACUGCUAAAAUUACAGAUCUGGAAGUAGCAUGUUGCAGUCAGCUGAAAGACACUGUAGGCUGUGUGAUAGUUAAAGAAAGUCUCAUGCAUAUGCCUAUACAUUGAUAUAUGAGUGAAGAGGUAAUCUCCAUACUGUAAAGGGGUGUGAGAAAGGCUUGCUUAAGGUUACCUUAGCUACUGUAUUUGUAUGUAUAUGUAGGAUCUAUUUUGGCAAUAGUGUCAUCCAGGUGUCACUUAAAUUAGAAUUUCCAAAAUGGUGAUAUUACAUGUUCAAAGGUCUAUUUGCUUCUGAGGCAAAACCAUUCUUCCUGAUUUAUUGAUUUAUAAAAAAAGUUAGACUAGAAUAAUGAUGCACCAAGUUGUGUAACAUCUCAAUUCAUGAAUCUGUUUUUCAUGGUAACCCUCAAGUAUUCCACAGGCUUACU